UCCAGCCGGUGUUCAGUGUGUUGGGCUCAGGGAGUCGCCCAGUCCGAGCAUAUAAACUGCUGCGAAGAAGCCACGUACUGUUGCACGGCGGAAAUCUCUUAGCGAAGCAAAUCCUGCGUUGCAGCCUCACACAUAUUCCACUUAUUCAGCAUCAGGCACCAUGGUGUACCAUCCCGAGUUCGAGCGGGCCGGCAAACAGCCUGGCCUCCAGGUGUGGAGGAUCGAGAAGCUGGACCUGGUGCCGGUGCCCGAGAACCUGUACGGGGGCUUCUACACGGGCGAUGCGUACAUUAUCCUGAACACCAUCAAGCAGCGUUCUGGGAACCUGCAGUACGACCUGCACUUCUGGCUGGGUGAUUUUUGCUCACAGGAUGAAAGUGGAGCUGCAGCCAUUUUCACCGUGCAGAUGGAUGAUUACCUCGGUGGCAAACCCAUUCAGUACCGUGAAGUCCAGGGUCAUGAGUCCAAUGCCUUCCUGGGAUACUUUAAGUCUGGUCUGAAGUACAUGGAAGGGGGCGUGGCUUCAGGGUUCAAGCACGUCGUCACCAAUGAGGUUACUGUCCAGCGUUUGCUGCAGGUGAAAGGUCGUCGUGUCGUCAGGGCAACAGAGGUCCCCGUCAGCUGGGACAGUUUUAACCAGGGAGAUUGCUUCAUCCUGGACCUCGGCAAUGACAUUUUCCAGUGGUGUGGCUCCCAAAGCAACCGCUUCGAGAAGCUGAAAGCUACGCAGGUCGCCAAGGGUAUUCGUGAUAACGAGCGCAGUGGGCGUGCUCGGGUGUACGUGUGCGAUGAGGGGAUGGAGAGAGAGAGGAUACUCGAGGUUCUGGGACCAAAGCCGAACCUUCCCGAAGGAGCCUCUGAUGACAUCAAAGCAGAUGCGUCUAACAGGAAGUUGGCAAAACUAUACAAGGUGUCUGACACUACUGGGGAAAUGACCAUUGCCAUGGUUGCAUCAGAGAACCCGUUCUCUCAGAGUGUUCUGGAAUCCAGUGACUGCUUUAUUCUUGAUCAUGGUUCUAAUGGCAAGAUUUUUAUCUGGAAAGGCAUGAAGGCCGACAUGGAGGAGAGGAAGGCAGCACUGAAGGCUGCCGACGAGUUCAUCAAGAAGAUGGGCUACUCCAAGCAAACCCAUGUGCAGGUUCUGCCUGAGAACGGGGAGACACCUCUGUUCAAGCAGUUCUUCAAGAACUGGCGUGAUGUGGACCAGACGGUGGGCCUGGGCAUGGCCUACGUGUCCAACAGCAUCGCUAAGAUCGAAAAGGUGCCAUUCGACGCUGCCACCUUGCACGAGUCCCACGCCAUGGCUGCCCAGCACGGAAUGGUGGACGACGGUAGUGGCCAGAAGCAGAUCUGGCGUGUCGAAGGGGGGGACAAGGUGCCCGUGGACCCUUCCACCUACGGACAAUUCUAUGGGGGAGAUAGUUACAUUAUCCUGUACAACUACCAGCAUGGAGGCCGCCAAGGACAGAUCAUCUACAUUUGGCAAGGAAUGGACUCCACACAGGAUGAAAUCGGAGUGUCUGCUCUCCUUGCUACUCAGCUGGAUGACGAGCUUGGUGGGGGACCAGUCCAGGUUGCUGGUGCUUCCAUUACCACACAGGUGCGAGUGGUCCAAGGCAAGGAACCUUCUCACCUCAUGAGCCUCUUCGGGGGGAAUCCUAUGGUGGUCUACAAGGGGGGCACCUCCAGAGAGGGGGGUCAGACUGCACCCGGCAAAACGCGGCUGUUUCAAGUACGGUCCAACACAGCUGGGUGUGCACGUGCCGUGGAGGUUGACGCGGUGGCCUCUAACCUUAACUCCAAUGACGCCUUCGUGCUGGUCACCCCCACGGCCUCCUUCCUGUGGCUGGGGCAGGGAGCCAGCGACGCAGAGAGAAAAGGGGCCCAGCAGCUGUGUGCCAUCCUGGGCGUGUCGCCUUCCAAGCUGGCAGAGGGCGGGGAAGCGGACGACUUCUGGGGAGCCCUCGGAGGCAAGGCGGAGUACCGCACCUCCACCAGGCUAAAGGACAAGAUGGACACCCACCCACCCAGACUGUUUGCCUGCUCCAACAAAACUGGCCGCUUCAUUAUUGAGGAGGUACCGGGAGAGUUGACCCAAGACGACUUGGCCACUGACGACGUCAUGAUUUUGGACACCUGGGACCAGGUCUUUGUCUGGAUCGGAAAUGAAGCCCAGGAGGAAGAGAAGACUGAAGCAAUGGCUUCAGCUGUCCGUUACAUUGAGACGGACCCCGCAAACCGGGAUCGUCGGACGCCAGUGGUGAAGAUCAAGCAAGGGUCCGAGCCGCCUACAUUCACCGGCUGGUUCCUCGGCUGGGAUUACGAUUACUGGACCACCGACCCUCUGCAUCGCGCCAUGGCUGAACUAGAGAUCUGAACUCGGGCAGUGUUCCCAUGGCGUUUCCUCCCUCCUCUCCCUCGCCUCGAAUCCUGUCCGCCUACUGCCUGGUCUCUGCUGCGACAAGCCUAUCAACAAGAAUUGCAAAACAUGGCAAAUCACUCCAUUCCAGUCCACUAAAAAAUCCCCAUUAGCAAGCAACCAGCUCGCAAUAAAAAAUGGACGCCGAGCAGCUGUGGUUGCAGUCAUGAAGUCCCAAGGAGGAAGUACAGACGUGAGGGUGACACCGACCAAAGGCAGACGUCGGCCUUUGUCUGGCCAUUGCUCUACCAGCCAACGUCUUCCACAGACGCCUUCUCUGAUGCAAAAACUCACUUCCUCAAAGUAGCCGAUUCACUUCGGUUAGAUUUGUGCUAUCAGGAAUUUUGAACUUAACGCCAGACUGACAGGGUUGCCAACUCUCAUGCAUCUGGCAUGACACACUCUCAGGCCCAUGCAAUAAAUCUUACGGCAAGUCUCCUUUACUCCAUUAUAAACCUAAAAUUAGCUGCAUCAAAAGCGUUGGGGAAGUCUGCAAACCUUGCAGACUAUUUACAAGGUAAUAAAACCCUCACAUACAUGUAAAUGCGUGUGCAUGUGUGUACAGACCAGUCUCGAAUUGAAAAUUUCACUCCAGCCAGCUGCCCAAAGUUGGCAACCCUGAAUGAACAUGUUUACAAUCAUGCAGCCCAAUAGUAUAACCAAGGAGGAGUUAUUUUUGUGCUAUUUUUGCAAAUACAAGUGGCAUUUUUCUAUUCUGUCGAUGUCAGUUAUUAACAAGAUUUAGAUUUAAAUAUGGAACCUCAACUCAUGUGAGUUGUGUGUCAAGUGCAUACAUCUCCCUUCGGUACCACACAAAGUCAAUAGCUCCUGCAUGGCUUCCUGUAUUGCUUUUGUAUUUUCCGCACUGAAUUUUAAGAGAAUAAAAGCUCAGUAAUCAGCUAAA